AUGAUUGCUUUAAAACGGAAAUUUCUCGAUGGACUGAACCGUCGGUAUAUUUACGGUCGCGUGCCUCUACUACACACGAUCAUUUUCCUCAUCGAAAUGGCCGUAGCAGCUCGAAUCGCAGCCAAGUUCAAUUCCUACUAUGCCGAAAGACCAAUCCUCACGACCAUGGUCACCAAUGCCGUGCUUGGUGGAGUGGCUGAUACAGUUGCACAGCUUAUCACGGCGUUUCAAUCUCGCUCACAGCAACGAGCUGAGAGUGAUGACAACUUAGUCUCCAUUGAGAUUCAAAAUUUGAAUAAGCAACAGUCGCAAGCUCUUGUGGAGCUGGAUUCUUCCAAGAAAUCCCCAUCACCGUUUGAUUUCGAGCGAGUGACGAGGUUCAUGGCAUAUGGCUUCUUUAUGGCCCCAGUUCAGUUUCAGUGGUAUGGUUUCUUGUCCAGAGCUUUCCCGCUCACCAAGAUGAAUCCCACUGGUCCAGCUGUCAAAAGAGUGGUAUUUGACCAGCUUAUCUUUGCGCCAUUUGGUCUGGUCUGUUUCUUCACAUACAUGACGAUUGCCGAGGGUGGCGGCAAGAGGGCUCUUACACAAAAGUUCCGCGACGUAUAUCUACCAACCUUGAAAGCCAACUUCGUACUUUGGCCAGCCGUUCAAAUCAUCAACUUCCGGGUUAUUCCAAUACAGUUCCAGAUUCCGUUUGUAUCCUGCAUUGGUAUUGCAUGGACUGCAUACCUUUCUCUCACUAACUCCUCUGAGGAGUCUUAA